UCUCUCCCUCUCCCAAAACGAAGAGAGAGAGAGAGAGAGAGAGAGAGAGAGAGAGAGUUAGAGUUCUCACUCCUCCAUAGAAAUCGAAAGAGGGAGAGGGAGAGGAAGAGGAAGACGAAGAGGAAGAAGAAGCGGAGGAGGAAGAAGCUGCGGGAAAAAGCGCUUUUUAAUGGCUUCUAGAUUGGCUUUUGGGGCAGAGGCUUUACUCUGCUUAUCCCCCUCCAAGCCCAAAAAGAGGGCCCCUGGAUCUCCCAAAGUGCUCAUGGUCUCCUCCUCCCUCUCCACCGGGGUUGAAGUUCCUAAAAGGCCCUUCACUCCGCCACGCGAAGUCCAUGUUCAAGUGACCCACUCGAUGCCACCCCAGAAGAUCGAGAUUUUCAAAUCGCUUGACAAAUGGGCUGAAGAUAAUAUCUUAACCCAUCUCAGGCCUGUCGAGAAGUGCUGGCAACCACAGGAUUUCCUUCCGGAUCCUUCAUCCGACGGCUUCCACGACGAAGUCAAGGAACUACGGGAGAGGGCGAAGGAACUCCCCGACGAUUACUUUGUGUGCUUAGUCGGUGACAUGAUUACUGAAGAAGCGCUCCCCACGUACCAAACAAUGCUUAACACGCUCGACGGGGUCCGUGAUGAGACGGGCGCGAGCCUCACUUCGUGGGCGAUUUGGACUAGGGCUUGGACCGCAGAAGAGAAUAGGCAUGGGGAUCUUCUCAACAAGUAUUUGUAUCUUACAGGGAGAGUGGACAUGCGGCAGAUUGAGAAGACGAUCCAGUACUUGAUUGGCUCAGGAAUGGACCCUCGGACGGAGAACAGCCCCUACCUCGGCUUCAUCUACACCUCCUUCCAAGAGCGCGCGACCUUCAUCUCGCACGGCAACACGGCACGGCACGCGAAGGAGCACGGGGACCUCAAACUGGCCCAGAUAUGCGGCAUCAUCGCCUCCGACGAGAAGCGGCACGAGACCGCCUACACCAAGAUCGUCGAGAAGCUGUUCGAGAUCGACCCCGACGGGACCGUGCUCGCCCUCGCCGACAUGAUGAAGAAGAAGAUCUCCAUGCCGGCCCACCUGAUGUACGACGGGCAGGACGACAACCUCUUCGAGCACUUCUCGACGGUGGCCCAGCGUCUCGGCGUCUACACCGCGAAGGACUACGCCGACAUACUCGAGUUUCUCGUGGCCAGGUGGAAGGUGGCGGAACUGAGCGGCCUUUCCGGGGAAGGGACGAAGGCGCAGGACUACGUGUGCACUCUCGCGCCACGGAUCAGGAGGCUGGAGGAGAGGGCUCAGGGCCGCGCCAAGCAGGCGGGGACGGUGCCAUUUAGUUGGAUAUAUGGGAGAGAAGUUCAACUGUGAGCUCCAUAAGUGGGCUAUAAAAUUUUUUGAGUUCAGUUUCUGGUGUUACACCCCUUCAAAUUUAUGGCAGUACUUGUUAAGCUAAUAUAUUAUUAUAUAUUGUGAGUGUCAGAUUGGUGCUUGAGGUGGAAGUUUCUGAGUGUCUCUAGAGAGAGAGAGAGAGAGAGAGAGAGAGAGAGAGGCUUCAAUGGCUUUGGUGUUUUCCUCAUCUUUGAGUGUAAAAGCACUUGUUUAACUAGCAUGUUUCUGGUGGAAUGUAGCUGCUUCUUGUUUAGGUGCUUUCUUUUGUGCUUAUAGUAAUGUAUUCACAACAUGAAGUCUCCUACAGUAUGAAGAAUUAGGUAAUAAAUUUUGGGCCUUGUUUGGUAUUUA